AACAAAAUCUAAGAAAAAUGGAGAUGAAAAUUGGUUGGAGGCGUGAGGUAGAUGGAUGAAGUGGUAGGCGUGAAACGUGUGAUUGAAUGUAGUCAAUGAAACCGUUUUAAUUUUAAUGACAUCCAGCCACCAUACAGUCCACACACCAACGUCAAAACUCAUCCCGUCCCCGUCAGCAGUUAAUUAAAAUCACCCACCGGACCCCACUCCACGACAACACACUUAACACUUAACAAAACCAAACCAAACAAAACCCCCAACCAAUCUCAUCCGUGCGCACCUUCCGCCAUUGCCAUCACCUUAGAUCUCUCUCCCACUUCACUCUAAUCCCUCUCCCUCCAUUUCUAGGGUUUAACACUUCCCAAUUCUCAACUCUCUUCAAUUUUUCCUCAUACAACAAUGAAGUUCCUACGCUCAGGUAACCAAUUGGGGCCAACAGAUGAAACAUACCCUUCCUCUCAAUCGCUUGUAACCAACGACUUCUUCUCAGCUAGCGGCCAUUCUUUCCUUCCUGGAAAACUCGAUCUUAAACCCGACACCGGCAAUAUAGAAGAAGCUGAAUUAUCUUUGCGCGAGAGUGGCGUAUUGAACUAUGAGGAAGCUAGAGCGCUGCUAGGAAGAUAUGAGUAUCAGAAAGGAAAUCUAGUAGCUGCUUUACAUGUAUUUGAGGGAAUUGAUAUAGCUGUUGUGACUCCGAAGAUCAAAAUUGCGCUUUCGAGAAAUGGAGAACGGAGAAAGAGGCAUUCUCAUAAUCAUGGUGAACCGGAAAUGUCUAUACAUUCUGUUGGAUUAUUGUUGGAAGCACUUUUCCUAAAAACUAAAUCUUUGCAGGCUCUUGAGAGAUUUAAAGAAGCUGCUCAAUCUUGCAAAGUUAUUAUGGACAUAGUGGAAUCUUCAUUACCUGAAGGCUUGCCUGAUAACUUUGGUGCUGAAUGUAAAUUGCAGGAGACCGUGAGCAAGGCAGUCGAGCUGCUUCCGGAGUUGUGGAAGCUUGCUGAUUGUCCGCGUGAAGCUACUUUGUCUUACCGAAGAGCACUCCUUUAUCAAUGGAAUCUUGAUGCAGGGACUACAGCUAAGAUUCAAAAGGAAUUUGUUGUUUUUCUUCUAUAUAGUGGAGGGGAAGUAAUGCCCCCUAAUCUGCGUUCCCAAAUGGACGGCUCGUUUGUACCGGGAAACAACAUAGAAGAGGCCAUACUUCUUUUAAUGAUUUUGCUAAGAAAAGUCUCUCUCAAUAGAAUCGAGUGGGAUCCUUCAAUUUUAGACCACCUUUCGUUUGCACUGUCUAUUUCAGGAGGCCUGUCGAGUUUAGCCGAUCAUUUGGAAGAAUUGCUCCCCGGGACUGUUCAUCGAAGUGAAAGAUUCUAUGAUCUAGCUCUCUGUUAUUAUGGGGCAGAUAAGGACACAACGGCACUUGAUCUACUAAGAAAAUUGUUGCAUGGUAGAGAAAGGCCAAAACAUGCUUCUGGUUUGUUAAUGGCUUCUAAGAUUUGUUGUGAGAAUCCUCCGCUUGCAGAAGAAGGGGUAAGCUUUGCUCAGAGAGCGGUCGAAAGCUUGGAUGGAAAAUGUACGCAGCUAGAAAAUGUUGCCAAAUUAUAUCUUGGUGUUUCAUUAUCGGCACAUUCGAAAUUAGCUGUUUCUGAUUCUGAGAAGUUUGAGAGGCAAUCUGAGGCACUUCAAGCCUUGGAAACUGCUGGUAGAAUGACCAGAAUGAUAGACCCGCUAGUACUAUACCAUCUUAGCCUAGAAUAUGCAGAACAAAGGAAGUUGGAUGACGCGCUUCAUUAUGCAAAGUACGUCGUAAAACUGGAAGGUGGUUCUAAUGUUAAAGGAUGGUUACUAUUGGCACGGAUAUUAUCUGCUAAAAAACAGUUCUUGGAUGCGGAAUCUAUUAUUAACGCUGCUUUGGAUCAGACUGGGAAAUGGGAUCAAGGUGAUUUGUUGCGAACAAAAGCUAAAAUUCAAAUUGCACAGAACCAGUUAAAGAAUGCCAUCGAGACAUACACUCAGCUUCUUGCUGUUCUUCAAAUUCAGAGAAAGAGUUUUGGUUCUUGGAAGAAGUUAUACAAGGACAACCGAGAUCGUGCUAGGAACUUGGAAGUGGAAAUAUGGCAUGAUCUUGCUCAUGUAUAUAUCAGUCUGUCCCAAUGGCAUGAUGCAGAGACAUGUCUUUCAAAAUCUAAGGCCAUCAAACCAUACUCUGCUUCUAGAUGUCAUGCUCUAGGUAUAAUGUAUGAAGCAAAGGGUCUUUACAAAGAAGCUCUAAAAGCUUUUGGUGAUGCUUUAAACAUUGAUCCAGGCCAUGUUCUGAGCUUAAUCUCCACUGCUAAAGUACUUCGACAUUGCAGUAAUAAAUCAAAUCCUGCAGUCAGAAGUUUUUUGACGGAUGCACUACGACACGAUAGAUUGAAUGCUUCUGCUUGGUAUAAUCUUGGCCUCUUUCACAAAGCUGAGGGUACAAUAUCAUCAUUGGUUGAAGCUGCAGAGUGUUUUCAAGCAGCACAGUCUCUUGAAGAAUCUGCUCCACUUGAACCUUUCAGAUGACAGAUUCUAAAAAACCUCAAGGUGGAUUAAACAAGCAGUUUUGUGAUGUCACCAUUUAAUUUACAUUUAGUAUAUUCAUGUAUAAUUAUCAAAAGUCAAUCUAGAAAACAAAAAAAAAAAGGAGAAAAAUAAUAAGGUGGUCCACCAUAGCAUUUGUCAAAAUAUUUGUAAGCAAACAAUUUUAUAUAAGUGCCAAAGAAAUAUAAAAUUUUGUAUGUGGAAUAUUUAAAGUAAUAGAAAAGCAAAUUGCAACUAUAACUUUCCAUCAAAAUUGCAUGAUUGUGGUCCCAUUACAUGAUAUCAAGGUAAACUGAAGGCUUCCAAGGUGGCAUGAGAGAGAAGUAUUACCAAUUAACAAUGACAGGUUUAACUAUUUAUUUGAUGGAAGACAGAGCAAACUUGGAAUAAUUUAAUAAAU